GAACAGAGAGUGACUGUUUUCGUUCCAGAGGACACAUUAUUUUGUACACAGCAGUGACAGCACACAGUUUGCUUUCUCUUUCACUUUAUGCCUAUAGUAUCGAAACAGAACUCUUAUAGCAAUUUAGUAAAAAAAACCAACCUUUUUAAAGUAAAUAAGAAAUAAAAUAAUGGAUACCUUUUUCUGAUUGCACAGAGACCAUGAUGGCGUGUUCUCCAAAGGGGAAAAUCCUGAGUACAAAAAAGGAUUGGGAAACUAGCACGGCGAUGUAAUUAACCAUAACAUAACUAUGUCUGAAAACUCUCUGUUACCCUGGAUAAUCUAUUUCAGUUUGGCAAUAUUAGUACAAUCAUUAAAAUGCAAACCAGGAGAUUAUGAGAUAGAUAACGAGUGCUGUCCAAUGUGUUUAUCUGGUAGUGUAGUAAAAAAUCACUGCACGUCCCAUAUCAGUACAGAAUGUGUUCCGUGUGUUCCUCCAACAUAUAUGGAUCAUCCGAAUGGUGAAACUAAAUGCUUGAAAUGUAAAAUCUGUGAUGCUGGAGCUGGACUUAUUAUACAGAAACCAUGUACCUAUACUUCAAAUACAGUAUGUGAGUGCCAGUUUGGAUAUUUCUGUCCAGAAGACAGUGGUAAAGAAUGUGAUUUGUGUCAAGAACAUACAAAAUGUAAACCUGGAAAAAUAAUUAAAAAAAUAGUUAAAAACCGUAGAGCACCGAGAUAUCUCUGUCCAAUUGAUGACAAUUCCUCAAGUUCUGGUGGAGAAUCUGACCCCUUGCCAAGGGUGUUUAUGGACAGGGAGGGAAAUGAUAUUCCAGUAAUAAGAAGGCAACAACGUAGGGCAAGGCCUAUUAUUGAAAAUGAGUCAAAUGAGGAAGAAGAACUUCAGAAUCCGAAUUUGGAAGAUGAUGCAGAAAUUCAGGUUGAGAAUUACCGUCAAGAUGGAGAGGCAAAUAAUGAGGAGAGAGAAGAAGUGGUACAAGAUUCUGAAAUAGAACAAGUGCUUGUGCAGGAAGACGAUUUCGAAGAUAUGAUGCAAGAAGAAGAGGUGGACAGACAGGUGCAUGAUGAAAAUAGUUCAAAUGAUUCCUCUGAUACCAUUAAUUAUGACUGGGUACCUGAAGAUCAAAACAUAUUGAUUAACAAGAAACAGUUAUUGGAGAUAUUAAAGAAAGCUGAAAAAGGACUGAAAGAAAACUAUUCAAGUUUGCAUGACAUGCGCCUUAAAAUAGAAAAAAUGUAACAAUACAAUUUGAUUUAUCAUAAUGUGACCAAAUUUUAUUUUUAUUUUUGUGAUAAAAAAUAAAUAUUUAUGUUUAACCGUG